AUGACAUCACUUUUGAUCAACUUUUUGAGGGACUGCAGGCUGUUUGUGAAAGUGGUUGCACCAUCCUGCAUCUCUGCCAGCAACUGUAAAAUAAAAGAUGACUCAGUCAAGAAGGAUGUGCCUUACAAGGUCUUUUUCAAAGAUCUCUUUCUUUUCAAAGAAAAUGAAAUGGAAGCAAAGAAAAAGGAAAAGUUUAUAAAUCGUAGCAUGAAAGUCUACCAAAAGUCCACUUUUUCGUCCCGAAUGAAGAGUCGUUCCCACCUGAGCCAACUGUCAUUCUACGCUGACAAAGGUGGAGCUUCAUUUGACAAAUUUGGGCUAGAUCCCACUCUGAUUCUCAGGUUAACAGAAGGUUCAGAUUCAAAAAGGACUGUGCAUGAAUUUAUUAAUGAUCAAAGAGACAGAUUUCUGCUUGAGUAUUCUCUGUCAACCAAAAGAAAUAAAAUUAUGAAGUUUGAAAAACUCAUAGCAUUGAAGGAAAGGCAACUCAUGAAAGCAGAAAAAAAGCUCCAGGAAGACGCCAUGGCUUUUGAAGAGUUCCUUCGAGAAAAUGAUCAGAGAUCUGCAGAUGCUCUUAAAAUUGCAGCACAGGAAACGAUAAACAAGCUGCAAAUCACAACAGAGCUGAAGAAGGCGAGCAUGGAGGUGCAGGCGGUGAAGAGUGAAAUAACAAAGACAGAAUUCCUUCUUAGAGAAUACAUGAAAUAUGGAUUUUUCCUGUUGAAAUUGUCUCCAAAACACUGGCAACUCCAGCAAGCACUGAAAAGGGUACAGGCAUCCAAAAACAAAGAAAAUGUGGGUGCCAUCCUUCCCAAAAAAUCAAGUGAUGCAAAGAUAAAGAGCCAAGAGGAAACCACAAAGGCAGAACAAGGAGAAGACUUGACAGCGGGAAAAGGCACCCACGGAGAGAAACAACAGAAGAGUAUAAGAAACCUCGCCUCCGAGUAUAAGAAAUCCAUCUCCAACCAUGCUGAAAGCAUCAGUUCCGAAGACAGUUUGGAGUUCUUUCUAGAUGAUGACACAGACUAUGAACUGGAACCAGAGCUUUAUUUUAAAGAACCAGAAGAGUUACUUCAAGUCCUCAAUGAGCUGGAAGAGCAGAAUCUUACUUUGGUACAGUAUUCCCAAGAUGUAGAUGAGAACCUUGAAGAUGUAAAUAAAAGGGAAAAACUUAUACAGGAAAAAGUAAAUAGCAACAUAGAUUUUCUUCUGGAGCACAAGAGAGUGCUUAAGGCUAACUGUGUGAGAGAAGAGGAAAAAGCUGCAGAACUGGAAUUAAGGUCCAGACUAUUUAGUUUUGGAGAAUUUAACUCAGAUGCUCAGGAAAAACUGAUAGACUCUCUUAGCAGAAAAAUUAAUCAAGUAUACAGAAUCUGCAUUGGAGAUGCUGAGGUUGGCAGCCUCAACCCAGUUCAAAAGCUGGUUAAAGUAGAGUCUCGCCUGGCGGAAUUGAGUGAUCUCAUUGAAUCUAUCCCCAAAGAAAAUGUGGAGGCGAUUGAGAGAAUAAAGCACAAAGAACGGCGGCAAAAGUUACGUGAAGAGAAACUGAAAGAAAAACAAAGACACCAGGAAGAAAGGUUAAAAGUUGCUCUCCAAAGAGCAGUUGCACAACCAAAGAAAAAGGUGGGAAGACGACUUAUCUAUCGCUCACAACCUCCAUCUGCUAACAAACAUGAGCUUCUUUUAGUCAAGGAUACAAAAACAAAAUCGCUAGAGGAUGAAUAUUUUUUCACUUGAGUAGAUGCAGUAUGGCAUUUAUUACCAAAUGGCUUGGGCAUAUUUUGUAGAUUUUGAUUUUUCAUAAUAGCAGUAUCUUGCCCCACACGCUGCCUGACCAAUGUGCAGAUGACAGGCCCUUAUUC